AUGCAGCUCCUCUUCCUGUUUCUGACUGUCAUGGUGCUCCUGGCCCAGGGCGCCCGAGUCAAGAAGUGUUGGAGCACAUUUGGCAGGUGCAGAGAGAACUGUAAAGAGAAUGAAGUAUUCUAUCUAUUGUGCAAAGAAGAGGGUAAGUGCUGUGUGGACCCUAAGUAUGUCCGAUUUAAACCGAAGACCUUAAAGAACCAGUUGGGAACCAAAAAUUAA